UUCCAUUGCAAUGUUAGUUCUUCCUUAGUGAGACAUAAAAUAAAGGUGCAUUUGGGAUUAGGUUGAGUUAAAGGCCCCCAGUCUAAUCUCCUGCUUCAAUCGCAGUGCCCAGGAAAAUGAGCCAGAGACAGGUAGAAUGCUGAGCCCCACUGAAUUUGUAGUCAAAGUCCCUGCCUCGCUUUGGGGCACGUUCCUCUUCCUUCCCUCUUGAAUGAAAAACCACUUCCCUCAGACAUCAAGCGCUGCUGCAUUCCUGGCCCAGAUCAGUUCUCAGGAAGUCUUGUUCUUUUCUUCUUUUUGGGGACAAGUGACCUAGAAGGCUCACUUUGGAGAACAUGCCUUCCGGGUGGAGGGGGUGUUGUAUUUUAACAGUGGGAAAGGAAGGGCCCUCCCAAGGUGGGAUUUCGGGCACUGGUCAUUGGAACAGACAAGGGAGAGGGUUCUCACCCUCACUCCUUGAAGUCUAGCCAUGUGGGUGGGAGGCUGGAGCAGCCAGUGAGGACACUCAGCACAAUGUGGGCAACCGGACAAGAUGGAUUUGAAUUUAUGAAGAACAUGCCUUCCUUCCUUCAUGUUCCAAGCAAAUGUGCCAGGAUUAUAAAUAUCCAAGGGAAACAGAGACCAUCUGGACUCAUCCCUACAUUGUGGAGGGGUACCCCAGGAACCCUUUGGAGAGCUUGUCACUUCACAUCUGCUGGGUUGCCAUGGCUCCUUCCAUCACAUCCUCACAAGACAGCAUCCCAAGCCAAAAGGACAAAAAAAGGCCUCUCCUUGGACCUAUCGCUUACCAGAAAGAAAAGGUACCAAGGCCUCCACUGGUCUCAUUGGCAAGGACUGAAUCACAUGCCCAUCAAGAUUCACACCCCUGGGCAGGGCUCCCCAUCCCUUGGACAGAAUUGGAGUUGGGGUAGCAGGAAAGAAAAGGGUGUUACACAGCGACAAAUGCUCACCACAGGUACCCACAGCCUCUUCCCUUGCUCCUCAGAAGGCCACAAGGAGAAACCCCAUCAUUUUAGAGAGCUUUGGUGUCAUUACAUUUCAAUAAUCAAAGGUCAUUUCCCCUUUGCCAGCCUCCUCAUUGGCAACAAAAUGUGCCUGGGGGCUUUCUUUCUGAACGUUUACAGAUCCAUCUCCCACCUGCCAACCCAGCACCUGGGCAGUUGUAUUCACUCACAGGUGUCAGGCUGGCAGAUGGGUCUAACAGAAUGGGGAAUGGGAUUAAGAAGUGUCACGCAGCCCCAUCCCCUGAAUGGGAACAGAUCUAUGUUACCAAGUUUACCCUUGCCCUGGGGCCUCAGACAAGGUGCCUGCACCUGGUUGUCAGAUGCAGUGAGGGGAGAAGGAAAGGACUUUCACCUUUUACUUUAUGUAUUCUGCUUUUGUUUGUAAUGAGCAUGCACUCGCUCUGUGGUUUUUUAAUUGAAUACAAUGUUUCCAACAUCCUAUUCUUAAAAGUUUUAGGCACAUUUUGCAAAGUUGAAAGAUUUCUACAGUGAACAC